GGUUGGUGAAAGGCAGCAGCGAGCAGAAAGCCAUCCGCAUAAAGAUCCAGCGGGCGGCGGACACAUCUGCUCCUCCAUCAGCUUCAGCUUUACCAUAUUCGAUCGUCACAAAAUGCCCUUGGGAGAAGACGGACACUCUUGGAAGAAGAAGACGUCCGACAUCAAGGAGAUCUACGACUUCAAAGAUGUUUUGGGAACUGGGGCGUUCUCCGAGGUGGUUCUAGCAGAGGAGAAGAGAACGAGGAGGUUGGUGGCGAUAAAGUGUAUUCCCAAAAAAGCACUGGAAGGCAAAGAAAACAGCAUCGAGAACGAGAUCGCCGUGCUUCAUAAGAUUAAACAUGCCAACAUCGUUUCCCUGGAGGAUAUCUACGAGAGUAAAUCGCACCUCUACCUUGUCAUGCAGCUGGUUUCUGGUGGGGAGCUCUUUGACAGGAUUGUGGAAAAAGGAUUUUACACAGAGAAAGACGCCAGCAAGCUCAUCCAGCAGAUUCUGGACGCUGUGAAGUACCUGCAUGACAUGGGCAUUGUACACCGAGACCUGAAGCCAGAGAACCUGCUGUACUACAGCAUGGACGAGGAUUCGAAGAUCAUGAUCAGCGAUUUCGGCCUGUCUAAGAUCGAAGGCUCGGGCAGCGUGAUGAGCACGGCAUGUGGAACACCUGGAUACGUAGCUCCUGAGGUGUUGGCACAGAAGCCGUACAGUAAAGCAGUGGAUUGCUGGUCCAUUGGCGUUAUUGCUUACAUACUUUUGUGUGGCUACCCGCCAUUUUACGACGAGAAUGAUGCCAAGCUGUUUGAGCAGAUUCUAAAGGCGGAAUAUGAAUUUGACUCUCCGUACUGGGAUGACAUCUCAGAUUCUGCUAAGGACUUUAUCAUGCAUUUAAUGGAGAGAGACCCGAGUCUGCGCUACACGUGUGAGCAGGCACUGCAACACCCCUGGAUUGCUGGAGACACGGCUCUGGACAAGAACAUACACGAGUCCGUCAGCGCUCAGAUCAAGAAGAACUUUGCCAAGAGCAAGUGGAAGCAAGCGUUCAACGCUACGGCUGUGAUUAGGCACAUGCGACGGCUGCAGCUGGGCACCAGUCAGGAGGGUCAGACUGCUGACCGCUCACCACACAGCCCCUGCCACGAACGCCUCCUGCUGCCCGAGGGAACCGAGGAAGAGGAGGAAGAGGAAGAGCAGAGCCCCUCACAGAGGGAUAAUAGCGGCUGUUCUGAAAGUGCUGGCGAGGGUGCGGAGAGAGAGGGCAUCCAAAACUGCACCUACCACGUCCACCCAACCAGCCGGGUCUGAGCGCCUGUCAAUCAUCCUGCUGCAACCAAUGACUUGACUGUCCUGUUGUUUUUUUCCCACUGGAGCCCUGCCACACCCCCAGUCUGGCCAGGAAUACUGAGUAACUCCAGUAUUUCGCCACAAGGAGGCGCUGCAGUGUAACGAAUCCAGGUGGGAAGAGGGUCACUAUGCCAAUGGAGGGUAUUCUGUUUAUGGAGAGGUGAGGCGAGUUCUAGGAAAGGAAAAGGCGAAGACGCCUGCCACAGCUGCAUCAUGGGUAAUGUAGGCUAAUAACAGGGAGCUGGACAGAGAUUGGACAGUGUUUUUAAACUUCUAUUUGACAACUACAUCUUUCAUCUCUCUAUCCUUGAACGUGGAGUGCAGUGGUUUUAGGUCUGUUUUAGUUCUAACAUGUUUCACCUCAAGCCUUUUAGCCUGUGCACUACAUACAGUUCAUUAAUAGUCAGUUACAUACACUUAUACCAGUCGGACUUAUGAAAACUGAUCGCAGGUUAUAUGAAAUCAUUAGUAAGUCAUAGUUAUACAGGCCAGGGAGGAAGCAUAAUGGUAUAGAUACAUGCACUAUAUUGGCAUGAUACUCUCAUUAAGGUUAUUAGGCGGCUCUCUACUUCAGUUCAAAGCAUUAUUUUUGUACAUUCAUGGUUUUUUUUCCAUCUUAUCUUUUGGUUUUAUUCAAUGAAGAGUCUUGUAACAUUGUGCUGCACCAAACCAAGUCUGCAUGUGUUCUCAAUACAUCGUUAAUUUGUUGUUUUAUUGGAUUUUUCCACAUCAGACAUCCUCUGCAGUGCCUUCAUGGUUGCAGUAUCAUAGUUUUAAUAUUCUUCUUAUUCUUAUUAUUAUUUCUUUUGUAAACGUCUGUUCAUCACGUUGAGUGCUUCAGUUCGUUAUUCAUUUUCAGGUGGUACUCAAUGUAAGCUCUAAAUGUAGAAACGGUUCUUUAUCAUACAUUCACCUACAGGGCGUAUCCUUACACGCCAGCUAUGCACUGUUGGUGGAGCUUUAAGAGAACGUCUAAUGUCUAUUACCUUUCUUGCAAAUGCUAUGGUGUUCCUGUGUUUUAUAAAGCCCUUUCAUUACUAAAAAAAAAAAAGAUGGUUUUACUCAGGGGAGGAUGAUAUGUAUGAAUUUUGGGAUUUUAAAUGGUAGUGUUGCAGAAUAUGAUCUAAAAUACAGAUAUUGAAAUAUAUAUAUGGAGAUGGAGAUAUAGGCUGUCACCAGAGAAAAGAACAUUUUCCCAUUGUUGGGUUCUGUUGUAAUAUUUCUAACAUUCAUACUGCUUUGCAUCAUUGAUCCUGUACAAAAGUGACAUUAAAGAAUUUUAUUGUA